AUGUCUAUUACGCCUUUCAAGAUCCACAUCCCUGAUGAGGAACUGGAUCUCCUCAAUCGCAAGCUCGAGCUCGCCCGCCUUCCAACCUAUAUCACCAACGCACAUUGGGGCGAAGAGAACGGAGUCGGCGUUAAGCUCAUUAGCGACACACUUGAUUUCUGGCGUACCAAAUACAGUUGGCGAGAAGAGGAGGCCAAGCUGAACAAGCUGCCGCAAUUCAAAACCCCAAUUGAUGUGGAUGGCUUUGGGACUUUCGACAUUCAUUUUGUUCACUCAAAGACCUCAAAGGCAAACGGGAUACCUCUUAUAUUCCUACAUGGCUGGCCGGGCUCCUUCGCAGAAGUGGAAAAGAUAUUGCCAAUCCUCAACGACUCUGGCUUCGAUGUUGUUGCCCCAUCGCUUCCUGGCUACGGCUUCUCCUCCUACACAGACAAGAGGGACUUCAAGCUCAAUCAUAUGGCAGAGAUCAUGCACAAACUGAUGCAAAAGCUAGGUCAUAAGGAGUACGUUGUGCAAGGUGGAGAUUGGGGGCAUUGGGUCGUUCGAGUCAUGGCAAUCAUGUAUCCUGAGAAUGUGAAAGCCAUGCACGUGAAUAUGCUCUAUAUCAACCCUCCAGAUUUCAAAGACGGCGAGCCCAAAUACACACCCUACGAGCAAAAGUCAAUUGAGCGUUACCGCUGGUUCAUGGAUACGAAUUCGGAUUACAAUAAAAUACAGAGCACCAAGCCACGGAAUCUAAGCUUCGGCCUUCAUGAUUCCCCAGUUGGGAUGCUGGCCUGGAUGACUGACAAGCUGUUCUUGUGGGCGGACAAUUACCCUUGGACGCCGUCGGAACUGAUUACCUGGACAUUGUUACAUUGGUUCCCUGGCCCAGUGACCGCAAUCGUAUUGUAUCACAACAAUCCUCCCAGCGAGAACGCGCAUACGGGACUUGUUGCCAAGAAUGUGGUUAAGAUUCCCACUGGUCUGAGUACUUUUCCUAAGGAGCUGAGCCCUGUCCCUCGCUCGUGGGCUGAGACAGCAGUCAACCUGCAGUUCUUCACGGAGCACGAGAGUGGAGGACACUUUGCUGCGUAUGAGAGGCCGAAGGAGCUGUCUGACGACAUGAUCAAAUUCUUCAAACAAUUUUGGAAGGCGUAA